GAGUGAUAACCAUUACACUUUUCGAGCAGUACAACAAUGCCAGUAAAUAAAGAAGAUAAAAUAAGUGUAACGAUCGUUGGUGGUGGUAUAUCUGGUAUUGCCCAAGCAAUACACCUCAAACGACGCCUAGGUGACAAACUCGAGCUGCACAUUUUCGAGAAAAAAAAUGAAGCGGGUGGUGUCUGGAGAGACAGUCAAUGGCCUGGUGCUGGUGUCGAUGUCCCUAUUCACCUUUACCAGCUUUACAGCGACCUGAACCCUUGGUGGCCAGACUUAUAUGCUAAGCAGCCAGAUGUAAUUACCUAUUGGCAAAGCUUAAUCAGCAAAUAUGACCUCAGACCGCACUUCAGAUACGCACACGAGUUUGAAAGUGCUAGAUGGGAUGAUGAGGCUUCCCUUUGGGUGUUCCAGUUCAGACAUCGCGGCGAAAUUGUCAAACACUCGUCCAAUGUUUUUGUCUCAGCUGUUGGACCAUUCCACAAAGCGAACCUUGGUGUGAAGAACCAUGAGAAGUUCCAAGGCAUUUCCUUCCACUCGCAGGACUGGCGCAAUGUUGAUUUCAUCAACAAACGCGUAGCAGUUGUAGGAAAUGGCUCUACUGGUGUACAAGUGGCAGCAAACCUUGCCAAGAUUGAUGGUGUACAACUCACACAUUUCAUUCGCUCUGGAGGCUACUACAACCCGAAAGUUAAUACCAAGUACCCAAAUUGGCUAAAAUGGACAUUUGCAUAUGUGCCAUUUGCAAACGUACUCCAUAGGUUCUACAUAUUUACGAGCUGGGAGAAGAGCUCACUCGCAAACGGUAACGCCUGGUGGCAGAGAUACCUUCGUCGUGGCAAAGAAGCGAAAAUGUUAGACUACCUCAAGAAAACUGCACCAGAGAAGUAUCACCAUGCGUUAAUACCAAAAUACGCAGCUGGGUUGAAACGUGUAGCCUGGGACGAGGGCUGGUUUGCCUCGCUGCACAGAGAUAAUGUCAAGCUUCUCAACGUUCCUAUCGAGGAGGCGGAUGAGACCGGACUUAGGCUCAAAGAUGGUGAGAAACACGAUUUCGACAUCAUUAUUUAUGCGACUGGAUACGACGUCGCAGGAUAUGGUGUUGGUUUGAACGAGAAUGUCUACGGUGAGGAUGGUACUGAACUUGCGACAACAUGGCAGAAAGACACGCCACAGGCACAUCUUGGUGUAGCUACACCAAAUUAUCCUAAUCUGUUCUUCCUUGUCGGACCAAAUGCCUUAUCGACAUCAUGGGGAUACACGAUAGGAAAUCAGACGCUGUUCAUCAGCAAGAUUAUCGAGACUAUACAGAAAGAACGUCUCCUUACCAUAGAGCCAAAACAGGAUGUUUUUGAAGCAUAUAACAAGGAGUUGAACGGUUAUUUAGAAGAAUCAGUCUAUACAACCUCCGGCGAGCGUUCAUGGUACAGGUUCAAGGGCACUGGAAAGCCUACUGUACCAUCUGGAUUCACAGCAGUCACUCUCUGGUGGAAGACUGCUUGGGUCGAUUAUACCCACUGGGUUGGGCGUGAUAGGAACGGAAAGCAAGUCAACCUCAGCUCCCGUUUGGUAGCAAGAAGACUUUUGCAAGCUCUUACUCUGGCUGGUAUAUACGGUGCUUACAUUAGUUACCCACAAUUAAAGCUUUUGCUUAAUUAGAUUGUACAUUCCAUGAUGCAUUUACACUCUUAACCAGGA